AUGCACGAGACGUUUUCAUACGAAGCGGAGACGUCCAUAGCAACUGGGGACGGUCGCGAAAGUCGUGUCGCACCGCACGCGCUCGUGCGUGGUUCAGUGGCGCCGGUCAGUGGUCACGCUGUCGUAUGCGCCCGCGCAGCACCCGCUUUUAAAAGACGAUGGGCGGCGCGCGCGCAACCCGCCACGCCCCGCGCCGCGCUCCGCCCGUACUGUCUACGAAAAUUCACCCGAAAGUCACAACUGUCCUUUUAA